UUGACGAUAAGAUUCAAUUUUUUUUAUAUUCAUUUUCGUGUGCGCUUCCAGAGUAAUGUACUCUCUUCAAUGUAAUUCUUUGUCUUGUAGUCUUGUUGUCAACUAAUGUCAAUAAAAUAAAGUCAACCAGGUCCAAGUGUCAUGGUGGGAUGUUGAAGACUAGAACUAGAAGACACAUCAUACUUAGUAACCAGAAAAGCAAUAGUUUUCACUUUCAUAUUGUAAUGUUAUCUAUAACUAUAGUUGAACUUUUUAAAUGCACCUACAUUGUAAUUUUUUUUAAACAUAGGUUAAUUUAUACAGUUUUCACAUUAGUUAUUUAUUAUCCAUAAGCUUGUGUUGUUUGAUAGUUGAAAACAUUGUGAUAUGUUGAUAAUAAUGGCAUAUCGAGUUUUGUUAGUUUUUAUUUAUGCGAUAUGUGUAAAAACAGAGGAAGAAACAUUAACCUCACGUAUGUCCAAAUCUGAGAGACUGAGCUUGAGGGAGGAAGCUAGGCAAAUGUUCUAUCAUGCAUAUGAUGCAUAUAUGGAUAAUGCAUAUCCUGCUGAUGAGUUGAUGCCUCUCAGUUGCAAAGGAAGAUGGAGAGGCAUUACACCAAGUCGUGGCGAUAUGGAUGAUGUUCUUGGCAACUUCUCUCUCACCCUUGUGGACAGUUUAGACACAUUAGUAGUGAUGGGCGACUUUUCCGAGUUCAAUCACGCUAUCAAACUCGUCAUUAGAGACGUAACAUUCGAUCAUGACAUUGUGGUUUCGGUUUUUGAAACCAACAUACGAAUGCUUGGUGGUUUACUGUCAGCGCACGUUCUAGCAACGGCUUUAAGAAUGGAAGUAUCAGCACUGCAUUGGUAUAAUGGCGAGUUGUUGAAUAUGGCGGAAGAUUUAGGAAGAAGACUUCUACCAGCCUUUAAUACAUCCACAGGAAUCCCUCACGGAAGAGUGAAUCUUCGCCAUGGUAUCAGAGGGUUAUCAGAGUCAAGAGAGACUUGCACUGCAUGUGCAGGUACCAUGAUACUCGAAAUGGCUGCGCUAUCACGUCUUGUUGGCAACCCCAUAUAUGAACAAAAAGCGCAUAAAGCUAUGGACAGAUUGUGGAAAAUCAGACACAGAACAUCAGAUCUUAUGGGUACAGUUAUAAAUAUUCACUCUGGGGAUUGGGUUCGCAAGGACUCUGGAGUGGGUGCGGGAAUCGAUUCUUACUACGAAUAUUGUCUAAAAGCUUAUAUACUUCUUGGAGACGAAAAGUACUUAGCCAGGUUUAACAGACAUUACAAUGCAGUCAUGAAGUACAUCAGCAGAGGUCCAGUAAUGUUGGCAGUUCACAUGCACAGGCCACACUUGCAAUCGCGCAACUUUAUGGACGCCUUGCUAGCAUUCUGGCCUGGCCUCCAGGUUCUCCUCGGCGACGUGCGCCCUGCUGUCGAAACACAUGAAAUGCUGUAUCAAGUCAUGCAGAGACACACAUUCAUACCAGAAGCGUUCACAUCAGACUUUCAGGUUCAUUGGGGUCAACAUCCUCUACGGCCAGAGUUCCUAGAAUCUACAUAUUUCCUUCACCGAGCUACAGGCGACGAUCAUUAUCUUAACGUCGGCAAAACUGUUUUGAAAGCAUUACAACAAUAUACCAGAGUUCCUUGUGGGUAUGCCGCCGUGAACGACGUGAGGACUCGGCUGCAUGAAGACAGGAUGGACUCGUUCGUUCUCGCUGAGACUUUCAAAUACCUGUAUAUGCUUUUUGGAGAAGAUAAAGAUUUGCCCGUGAAAUUAGAAGAUUACGUUUUGACUACGGAAGCUCAUUUUUUGCCACUGUCUUUAGCAACGUCGGGCCGGAAUACGUCAUAUUUCACUCUCAAAAUUGAUGAUGAAGAUGAAGAUAAAUAUAGAAAAACGUGUCCAAACACGGCAUCGCUGAUCGCUGAGAAGGUCCGACAGCCGCUACGUCAGUUGCUGGGGUCGACGGCGGCGCGCCCCCCGGCCCGUCUGCGUCCUCUUAACGACCCUCGUCAGAUACACGCCCUUUCCGAUAUGGGUAUAUCUGUCCUUACGUUGCCAGAUGGAAGAGUACAAUUACUCUAUACUACUUCGACGGCUAAAUCAGCAAAAGAUGCAGCAGAAGGUUUAACGUUCAUGCGCGAAAUGUCCAAGUGGAAUUCCUUGAGCGAUAUAGAAAAUGGUGUAGUACCUGCGGGCGUGAAAGUGAAUGAUAAAAUACUCCCUGCUGGGCCCGGACACUUCGGGAAAGAUAUUACAGGAGAUGACCGCCAUUCAGGUACCAUUGCACUGGCUACGCCAAAGGAUGCCUGUACUACAAUAUUAAACACAGCUGAGGUCGAAGGAAAAUUCGCUAUUGCCAGGCGAGGUCACUGUACUUUUGCACAAAAAGUUCGCAACAUGCAGGCCGCCAACGUAAAACUUGCAAUCAUAAUUGAUAACGUGCCAGAUUCAACGCAAGAAAAUACCGCAUUAUUCGCGAUGUCCGGUGACGGGAAAGAUGAUAUCGAGAUCCCAGCCGUGUUUUUGUUCUCGCAGGAGGGUCAAUAUUUAUUAGACACAUACAGUAAUAACCCUGAAAUUGUAGUCACCGUCGGUGAACUAAAAUCUUUAAAAAGACAAUAUGAAAAUAUUUGCGAGGAUGGCAACUGUGAUUCGGUACUCGACUCCCCUGACGUGCCUACGGACAAGGAAAAUUUUGAUCAUUUAAAGAAAGUGCUAAGUCAGUUAGUCACACAGUUCGAGUUAACACUUUCAAAUGAAGAACAAGCAAUCCAAAGGACUUGUAGUGAGGAGUCUGAGGAUGUUUACGUAUCAAAAGAUAAAUUUGUGAGCAAUGAUAACCAGGUGGAGGGCCCACCAAAUGUUUGUGCGAUAAAAAAUGAACAAAAAAAAGCUGUAAUAAAGAAAAUAGAGUCAUUAAUAAAGGAACCGGGCGAGUUUUGACAUCACUCUUGUUAUGAUUGUAAAUAAUAUAAACAUUGUAUAAUACUACCAGUAAUAUUUUUUUUCUUAGUAAGCGUAUUUAGUAAAUAAUUUUAAGAUUUAUUUUUCUCAGAAAUAGUAAUAUAAAUAUAUAACUUAGAUGGAUAAUUAAAUCAUUAACAGUGUAUUAUUAUCCUUAAAGCUUUAUUUAAUUGUAUGAAACAAAAUUAAAACAAUAUAUUUUAUAAAAAAAUAUUACUGAUAUAUAAUUAUAUAUAGUCAAUGCCUUACUUAAAAGUAUAUUACGUUUAUGUUAAUUAUAUUUAUUUUGUUAAAAAAAAAUAAAACAAAUUGUUUACUAAAUACGCCAUGUAAGAAAAAUCGGAAUAUAUAAAUAUGUAUAAUAAAGUGUACAUAUUGGAUAUAAGAAAAAUUAAUAAAUUUUGUGCCUUUUAUUGUUUGUUACUGGGUUUAUUUAGUUCAUAACUUUAUAAAAUAUGGAAAUAACAUGUUACCUAUGUUUUCAAUUACCCACAAAAUGUGAAUCCAUAAUCAUUUAUUUGUAAUUUUGUAAUCUUGCUAAAUAUUGCAAAAAAUCGCAUUAGAUUUGUGUAUAUGUGUAUACGUUUAUGACAUAAAUUAUGUACAUAAAAUUAAUGCAAUUUCCUGAAAUAUUUAUUUAUAAAAAUUAAGAGUAUUUUUUUCAAUGAGCUGUGUGUAAAUAGACUAAUUAUUGUAAGUAAAAGUUCAAAACGUGUUCCAUUUUUCCGGCUGGCCAGAUAAACCAUUGAUUAUGGGAGAAUCCCUAAACAUAUUUUACAUAGUUUAAUAAUAAAAAAAUAUGAACGAA